AUGGCCGAGAUCAAGUUCGACGAGUCAAUCUUUGCGGGCCUGAAGGGGAAGAUCGUGGUCAUUACAGGUGGCAGUAGCGGCAUUGGGCUCGCGGCCGCCAAGUUCUUCUCUCAGCAGGGCGCGUAUGUGGUUUCAGCGGAUCUCAAUCCGCCGCCUGAAGAGAUUGCCAACGUCACUUUCCGCAAGGUCGAUCUCACCAAGUGGGAUGAGCAGUACGACCUAUUCGAAUGGGUCGUCAAGACCUACAGCCGACUUGACAUUGCCUUUCUGAACGCCGGGGUCGGCGAGAUCGAGAGCGUCUUCGUCGACGAAGUCGAUGGUCAAGGCCGGCUCAAAGAGCCCAAAUACUCGGUUCUCGCGGUGAAUCUGAUUGCGCCCAUCAGUGGAUUCAAGAUUGCGGUUCAUUUUAUGAAGAAGCAAGCAGAGGGUGGAAGUGUAGUCAUUACCGGGAGCGGAAAGAGCUUUAAUGGAGUGGGAGGCACACCUAUGUAUGCGGUGGCGAAACACGGCCUCCUCGGCUUGAUUCGAACCUUGCGAAACGACAUUCCAACAAAGUACAAGAUCCGUCUCAACCUCGUCUGCCCGUUCUGGACGGACACGGGCAUCAUCCCGCCGGAGGAACGCGAAAAGAUCGUCUCGGCCAAAACUUGCAUGCAACCCGCCGAUGUCCCCGCCAAGGCGGCGGCGUUUGUGUCGCUCAACCCGGAAUACCAGGGCAGGGUCGUGUAUGCGGCGUGCGGGAAGUACUUUGACGUUGAGUCGGGCUUCCAACUCACGCGCCCAGUCUGGCUCGGCGCGAAGAACCACCUUGACCGGCUGUCCUGGGAGGAGGAUCCUGCAGCAUUGGCUUUCAAAACCAAGUUUGAGUAG